UUCUGUCCGCGAUACGAUUCGGCGUGAACGUGUCGCGUCUUCCUCCCUCCGGGUUCCACCGAAUCCGUCCGUGCCCGAUAUAGCGAACUACCCCCUGCGAAGAAACUGGUGGUGAACGGAAAAGACUCGUAACAAUUGCACGCUGAAAUCAUCAGAAUUAGAUGAUACGUACAAAGGAUAUCGUUUAGGGGAUGUUCUUGUUGCGAAAAAUAUCCUGAGAUAAUAAUCUGGUGAAAAACAAUCGCAGAGAAGAUUAUUGAAUUGUUUGGGACGCGUGGUGAACAAAUCGACUUUUAACCAGUCGUGGACUCUUGAAUUGCAGAGCUUAAGUACGGACAAUACUUAAUAAUUAUUAAAAGAUUAAAAGGAUAGAUUCUUGUUUGAGACCAACCGCGGUAAUUUGCAAAAAUGCGGAGCAGCGUAAAAUGACACUGUCGACGAAUCAUUGUUGACGAGUCGAGUAAUUCCGAUAUUUUAUGUGACAUUUAGGUGACACAAGCAAUUAGUGACGGACUCCGUUUUGCGGCGGUUUUCAUCACAGAUUGCACUGGAAUCACGCCAAAAGGAGUCACCCUCCGGAAUUGCUUCGUCGUUUCAGGUUCCGCGGUCACCACGUGGUCACUACAACCACGACGCCGCCGCGACGUGUGGUUAAAUUGAGAGGGAGAGAGAGAGAGAGAGAUAGAAACGAGCCUGCGGUCAGGGAAAAUUGACGGAUUGAAUUGUCAAUUGAUCAGCAGAAAUCGUUCGGCAGGGCGCGGCGCCGCGGCGUCCCGUUUCGGUUCGAUCGAUGGAAUGAUCGACGUAACACCGAUUGUAACGAGUGUUGUUGCUGCUGCUCGACAAUCGAGCGGGCUCAAUGUGCCGUUGAGGGGCACGCGACCGGUGAGGUAUCGAGAGGUGAUCGACAGGUGCGACCGCGCGAAAGCCGCAGUCACGUGGUCCGUGAUGAUGUAAGGUGACCUGAGAAAAACGGUGCUGACGAAAUGACACGCGACAGAAGGCUGCUGCUGUUGCUGGGUCUGCUGAUGGCUUACGGCCUGUUCGUGGUCGAAUGCCGGUACCAUCAGCACGAGGACGCGACGACGGAGACGAGACACCGACACAGGCAUAGACACGAGUCCUCGAAUCGAAGGAACCACCACGAGCUCGACAGAAGAUCCUGGCAGGAGGUGGAUUAUGAAUACGAAGGUGACUUCGACGAUCCGAUCGACGAAGAUGAUUAUGAGACGCAAUCGUAUCACGAUUAUCCCAGGUCGCAUCAUCGACCUGCACAGAAGAGUUAUCACAACCGGAUGCUCGAGCCGCGCUAUCCAUCUAGGUAUCAUAACGAUGGAUACCACGCUGGAAGCGGCUGGUAUGAUGAGAAUAACGACAGACGCAGGAUGCCAUUACGGUAUAAUACGAAGAAUCAUCGAUACAGACCCGGCAGGACUCACCAUAGGCCCGCGUAUUCGCGCAAUCGCGACGUGUCGGACUUCGACGACACGGAGGAAGAUUACGACUACGAGAGGCCGUAUAGAUAUGGAAACGGCGGGGACAAUUACGAACGACGGAGAAAUUCUAGGCGGUACCCGUCUUACAGGAGAGACUGGAGAAAUAAAAUGAACGGCUAUCAUGGGGCGAAGAGACAUCGCUUGGAAGAUCGCGAAGAUGUCGUCGAUCGUGGCGACGUGACGAGAUGGACGGACGACUGGAAGAAAAAACUUAAUUCCUCGGACACAAAGUACAAUUUUGCAAAGAAAAAGGAUGAGCAAAAGGCAGAGGAGGACGAAGAUUACGAAGACCAUGGCGGGCUCGAGGAGGACGAUAAAGAUGAAGACGACGACGAUAUCUGGAAAGAUAUCAAUGACGAGAGAAACGGAGAUAACGGGGAGGAAGAAUUUGAUAACGAUUUUUACAAAAAUGGGACAAAGCCACUCUUGAAAACCUACGAUGAUAUCAUCAAAAGACUUACGUCUGACGACCCGACUACUCCGAAGACCACUGUCAAGAGGGAUUACCGGAACAUCGAACCGAAUAAGCACGUGAAGCGCGAUGGUUACAAAAAUCUCAAGUACGAAUCGAAAAACGUUUCCAAAUCGGUAGAACUCUUCACGAACGCGUCUAACGCUACUAAUACCACGUCCAAUUAUUUCGUAAACUCGACCGUCAAAUCCGUCGGACAUAAAUCCUCGAAAAACACAAUCGGUAGGAUGGUCAAGGGUCACGAUCGGCAGGAGACGAAAACCGAUCCUCAGGCUAAGACUAAAAGCCUCGAGCAAGAUUACGACGAGUACCUGAACAACCCGGAUAACGAGAAGGAAGACGAUCUCGUCAAAACUGGAGUCGAUGACGAUUCGGCCAUGCAGGCGGAUGUCACUAAUACGGAUUACACCGAUGACGACAAUGGCGAAGAGGAUGAAACCGAUACCUUCACCACGUCGACUACUACAACAACUACGACGACGCCGAAGCCGUCGCUCAGCCAUCAUUACGAAUACAAAGACCCGAGGGCCUACGACAGUGGUACUGGAGCUCAAUAUAACGGGUACCAAGCGAAAAACGAUUACCCGCCAAUGUCUGCUCACAGCGUUCACAAGUGGCAGUCACUCGGCACUCGCGAGGGCGUCAAAGAGACCAGAAGCAACAUGCAGCAGUACAACAAAAACGGAAAGAGUGCUGAAAUUCGAGAGGCUCUUCAGCAUGCAAUUAAAGUCAACAAGGAAGGCAGCUGCCAGUGGCCACGCGCGAGAGUUAUUCCGGUUCGUGACGUCUAUCCGAGCCCAUCGACCACCUACAUUCCACACUGCGCCAUAUUACACAGGUGCUCGGAUGACACCGGAUGCUGCAGAUCGGAAACGCUUACUUGUGUGCCGAAGCAUUCUCAUCGCAUCGAGCUUUCCUUCUAUACCACAAGCGUGGGUGGUGCCAGCGUAGUGGAGAAGCUAUCGUUCUACAAUCACACGGAAUGCGAAUGCAGAGAGAGGUCCGAGUAUGAUACGACAAACGAGAAACCCGCAGACCAGAGAGUCUAUCGACAUCAAUCCUCGUCGCCCCCUCAAAACAUGAAAAAACCGCCAACGAGAAAACCAUGUCGUUGUCCAUCGGAAUUCACGCCGAGAAUUACAGAAGGCGUUUGUCAAUGUAACUGCUUCGAGAGCAACGAAAAUUGUAUAAAGACCAGACGCGGGAAGGGAUAUUUCUCCCUCGCGGACAGAAUAUGCAUUCAGAAGAACGAAUGCGCGAUGCCCAACUGCGAGUUCGGCGAGUACAUAAAGUGGCAAGGCAAGUGUCCGCGGAAAAGGGACACUUUCGACGCAAUGACGAGCUAUCGUGCGAAUCUGAGUCAUCGAUUCAGAAGUUAGACGGCAGCGGAUAGCGAAGAGGACGAAGAUGAUCGCAUUGAAAUGCGAUCCUAGUGCCAAUGAAGAUGGAGAGAUAGCACAUGACGAAGUGCACGAGAAACCGACGGUGCCAUUUUCUUUCAUUUUUUUUUAAGUGCCUUCGUCAGAGAGACUCGCAACAUGUAGGUACAUGUAUUCGUACAUUAUGUAUAAAAAUGUACGUCAUCAGUCGUUGUCUAGGCACGCGUAUGUAUCGUCGUCGCUUCUUUUUUUUUUCUUUCUUGCCGCGAUCGGCGGGGAUACGAAGUGAUAAUGGUCGUCGAUUUUCGGUACCGGUGAUUGUCUCGCGGGGACAGUAAAAUAGUAUUUCGAUGUUUAAUUGAUGAAUUAUAUAAUUUUGUAGUGCUCGAUGUUCACAAGCGGUUCUCCAUCACGAGAGAAAAUAAGUUGAUAUACAAUUAUAAGAUUUCGAGUCGUUAAGAUAAGAAGAUAACAUUCUAUAUAACUGAAGCGAUUUCUCUAGGAUAAGAACGAUAUAUGCUUAAAUUAAUGAUAGCACAAAAAAAUUACCAGCGACGAGAUGAAGUGCUUCUAGUAGUAAUUUUCGAGGAAGAAAGUGACUGCUUUUUGAGCAGGAAUUUCAUCGGUGAGAGGAACUCGCCGAGGGAAAUGGCGAUCCGCCAAAAUUAUACAUGUAGAUCUGAGAGGGUGCGAUAACAUCUCUUAAGUUAAUGGUAACUUUAUGCGAUAAGCGAUAUCUCGGGUAUCAUAGUUUACGCUGAGAAGAAGACCUCGGACGCGAGCCUAGUCUGAGAUCCUGUUUCCGUUCUGCACGAGGAAACUCUCUCGGUUCGUUGGAUCACGCAUGCGGACGGCCGAAUUUGUCGAGCCUGAAUCCCUCCCAGUGUCCCCUAAUUUCCACUUCUUCAAUUAGAAUAUGCGAAAUGUAAUUAUAUAAUGAUAUUCCAAUUAUAAUGUGCUUAUUAUAAUAGCUUUAUCCGAAAUUCACACGAUAGUGAUACGCGACGAGUAGGAAAUACCAAAGCACGCAAAAACACGCGUACGAGCGGUCGCGCAGAAUCGAAACAGAUCGUUAAUGUAGCCACAUUUUGUAUGUUACACGAUUACAGAAUAUCUCUAUUGUAUUUAAUCGAACAUUGAUGUACCCCACGUUCGUUAAUUUAAUAUUUAAUCAAUAGACAGAGAGAGAAAGAGAGAAAGAGAGGACUGGCCCGCCCGACUGGCCUCUGUUCAUGCACUUCUAUGUAGGUGAUGUAACAUGAAGGUAAUAGCUGUGUUCAGCAGAGAAAACUGAUCUCAGUGAGACUUAAUCAUUCUUUAAUGUGAUUGGUUUCUACCCUUAGAUCCAACAAAGAACUAAAAGUAAGAAUCAAUCAUGUUCAAAAUCAAAGAAUCAUUGAACAUUCAUUGAUCAGUUUUUUCUGCUGAACGCAGCCAAUCCCAUCCUAACGCUGCGAAUGGGCAGCUACACGUUUGUAACUUUGUAUUUUCUAUGUUAUCAAUAAAACAGCAAAAUCACAAAGAACCACGGUAGACCAAUUGUAUGCGUCCGGAAUGUAAAUGCGAACUUGGACGAUGCGACUGUCUGCGAGAAGGUAGCCGUAUUGUAUUGUUAAUACCGCCGCUUCUUUACUACGUGAUUAUAAUAUAAUCUGAGAAUAUAAAAUAUA